AUGGCAACUCAAAGCUCCCAUAUUCCUACGAUCAUAUUCUUUGUCAUUGCAUUAUUUUGCUUCAUUAGCAAUUCUAAUGCUCGCUUAUUAUCGGAGAAAUUAAUGUGGAAACGACAAAUAAUCGUUGAUCAACUAGGCAAAGGCGAUUAUAGAACAAUACAAGAUGCAAUUGAUUCAGUUCCUUCUAAAAAUGUAGACUCUACUCUUAUUCUAGUGAAGCCUGGAAUUUACAAGGAAAAAGUUACUAUACCUGAAGAUAAGCCCUUUAUAAUGCUUAGUGGAAGAAAUGCCUUAGAAACUACAAUUACAUGGGAUGAUAGUGGAGAUAUUCUCACAUCACCUACUCUCUCUGUCUUUGCUUCUGAUUUUGUGGCUAGAUACCUUACUAUCCAGAAUACAUUUGGGCCAGGGGAAAAAGCAGUUGCCUUGAGGGUUUCGAGCGUCAGGGCUGAGUUUUAUGCAUGCAGAAUUAUAUCAUAUCAAGAUACACUUUUAGAUGAGCAAGGGAGUCAUUUUUAUAGCAAUUGCUACAUUGAGGGAGGGACUGAUUUCAUUUGUGGUAAUGCAGCCUCUAUUUUCCAGAAAUGUCGUAUACAUUCGAUUUCAAAUCAAAAUGGAGCAAUAACUGCACAAAGAAGGAUGAAAUCCGAAGAAGAUACAGGAUUUUAUUUCGUUGAUUGUAAGAUUACUGUUCAGUGUACUAUGGUGAAUACAAAUGUUAUGGUCCGGGAGCCAACAGAUCAAAAAGAGUUGAGUGGUCGCAAACCCUCAAUUCCGAAGAAGCCACUACCAUUAUUACGAAGACCAUGA